AUGAAGAAGGACAUUGCUGAGUAUGUGGCCAGGUGUCUGAAUCGUCAUCAAGUUAAGGAGGAUCACCUUAAUCCUGGUGGUCUCAUUCAGAUGAUUGAGAUAACAGGAAGAGGCGUCUACAUGAAGAUAUCUCCCAUGAAGGGGGUAAUGAGGUUUGGCAGGAAGAUGAAGUUGAGUCCGAGGUACGUUAGGUCAUACGAGAUUCUACAGCGUGUGGGUGAGGUGGACUAUGAGGUGGUGUUGCCUGCGGAUCUAGCUUCUGUUCAUCCAGUCUUUCAUGACUCUAUGUUAAAAAAGUGGCUUGGUGAUCCAACAUCAAUUCUGCCUGUUGAAGACCGGCAGGUGAAGCGGCUGAGAAACAAGGAGGUUGCCACAGUGAAGAUAUUGUGGAGAAACCAUCUUGUUGAGGAUGCUACAUGGGAGGUCGAGGCCGAUAUGGGAUCUCGCUAUCCUCAUAUUUUUAGCUCUGGAAGUUAG